ACAAAACGCUUAAUAACGCUUGAAACCGCAAUCACCCGCAUCCGCAAACUGCCGCAUCCGCAAUCGCAACCGCUGCGUUUAAACCAGUCGGGCCCUUAAUUAGUCUUAUGUGGCGGCUGGUCACCCUGGAUGGUUAGAUCACUUUUAUGCGAAUGAAAGAAACUCAUCUGAUGGCUAACAUGAUUGUUUGGAUUUUUUGGUCUGCCAUUGUUGGGCGUUGAUGAUAGUUAGUCUUGCUAACAUAUUUUUUUGGAUGUAAUCUGGAGCAGUCGGGUGGCCAUGUGCUGGAUGUAAAAGGCUUUUGGUAUAUAUAUAUAUAAAAUUUCAAUUUGGGAAAAAAAAAUAUUUUACAAAACAGUAGAUGAGUUGGUAAGAGUUAUAACAACUUUCUAGGGCAUUUCUAAAAUAUGUAUGGGUUGUAAAGUAUUUUAACCAAAGAAUUAUGAUAAAGCGUGUGUACUAAUAAGCACCUACCUGGUUUUUAUAUACUUUUGAUAACAACGAAUUGAAAGCGAAAUCCUAACGAUUGUCAACAGCUCAUAUAUCAGAAGAGAAUACACCAUUAGGAAAGACAUUUCUUCAGACUUGUAGGCAAUCAUCUUAAGCAAACAAGAAGAUGAAGCAAAAGAUCCUGUUUAGAGUGACUAUGACUGAUGACAAGACCCGAGCAAAAGCUAUGGCAAAAGCAGUUCAGUUUAAAGGUAAGAAGACCUUCUCACAAAACAAACUAACCACACAGAUGUUGGAUCUAACGCUAUGGUUUAUAGGUGUCUCAGCCGUGGAGAUAAAAGGCGAUCACAGGAACCAGAUAGAGGUAACAGGUACUGAAGUUGAUAUGAUCUGCCUCACCAAAAUGCUCAGGAAAAAGGUAGCCUUUGCAGAGCUUGUAAGCGUCAGCAAAGUCGAACCUCCAAAGAAGCCAGAAGAGGAGAAGAAGCCCGCGCCAUGUAAACCAUGUCCACCGCCAUGUAAACCAUGUCCACCGCCAUGUAAACCAUGUCCUCCGCCGCCAUGUAAAGCAUGUCCUCCGCCGCCAUGUAAACCAUGUCCUCCGCCGCCAUGCAAUCCAUGUCCUCCGCCGCCAUGCAAUCCAUGUCCUCCGCCGCCAUGUAAACCAUGUCCUCCGCCGCCAUGCAAUCCAUGUCCUCCGCCGCCAUGCAAUCCAUGUCCUCCGCCGCCAUGCAAACCAUGUCCUCCGCCGCCAUGUAAUCCAUGUCCUCCUCCUCCCUGUUAUCUAUCUCCUCAAGGAUACGGCGUGCCUUCCGCCUUUCCGUACCCGUGCAACCCCUACAGUUACAUAGGGGAACCAGUUUACAAUCACGAACCCAGUUGCACAAUCCUGUGAAAUGGGUUUGCACGGAGGAAGGUUAAUGGAGAAGAGAUCACAGCUUGUGACCAAAUGUAAAGACUAAAGAAUCAAUAUGUUUGUUUAUUUAGUCGCAUGAAUAAAGAGCUCACAAGGCCAAAUCAAUUUCUGCUAUCUCUAUAUGAUACUAGUCUUUUAUGCAUUGCCUAUAAAAUAUUUGGAUGUGCACAACAAUCAUAGCAUUUGGCCUA